AAUUAAUAUUAAAAAAUAAUAAUAAUAAGAGACAAUUUAAAACCAGAAAGUUUUGCUGUAAAAUUCGAUAACAAUUGCAUUAAGAAUUUAAAAUAUUGUCGGUGAAAAUAUUCUCGAAUGGAUCCUUUUACGCAGCGUAUGCUUGAAAAGGCAGAACAGCGAAGUCGGACGCUGGGAAUUAGUAAUGCAGCUGUAAGUAAAUUUCCAGUAUGCGAUAAAGAGGCUUCAUCAAAUUUUAAUGCAAUAAGUGGCGCUUGUGCAACAACAAUGGCGAUGGCGUCACAGCAACAAAAACAACAAAAGCCAAUGCAAACAAUUGUAUCGGGUGACGGCAGUGGUGCAAACAUAACUAAAUUGCAUGUAAUAGAAAAGAAUAACAAGGAAAAAACUGUGGUUUCGACUUCACACGGUGCAAACUCUCCACAAAAAGUUCUAAGACAAUUUUCUGCUGUGGAUAAGGAAAAUAUGGAUUUGGGUAUAGAAAUUAAUAUAGUUACUGAUAAAAAUGUCGAGAUACAGGUUCAAGUAGAAGAACAAGAUUUUACAGACGACGAACAUAAAGUAGAGCAACAGGAAGCUUCAGAGCAAAAAUUCGAUCAACCAACAGCUAAUUUACGCGAUACUUCUAGAAAUCGCUUACAACGAUUAGGAGCUCUAUAUUCAAACACAGAUGACUUGUCCUCUCCAAUUCAUCGGACAGAGGGAAAAUUUCAUGCCGACGGUAAUGAGGACACUGUAGAUUCACAACUGCGUAAGCCACAGCAGCGUUUAGGUAAAUUAGCUGCUCUUGCCAAUACCAUCAAUCAAUGGGAAGAUGACACGUCACAUCAUGGCGUAACCACUAACUCGUCUGUAGUGCAACCUCCACCACCUAAACCAGAGCUUCCAAGUAGAAGCAGAUCAGGACUUGAGGGACAAGUGAGUGCUGUAGUUUCAAAGCCAUCAGUGCAAUGCAAAGUGGAAAAGAAAAACACAACUGAAAAAGAUAAAACUAAACAGUUAAAAUGGGAUCCUAAAGUAAUUAAUUCCUUAGAAGCUCAAGGAUUUCAAAGAAGGGAAUCAUCAAACGUUAAAGUUUCGUACGAAUUUGCUGAGGAGUCAAAAGAUUCUAUUCGAGAAACUCCUUGUACUAAUGAUAAACCCAAAUGUGAUGUAGUCGAAGAAAAUCGUGCAGUGGGUAAAUUAAAUGCAAAUAAAUUCGCCUCGAUUUCAACAAAUGCUGCUGCAGACAAUAUUACUCAAACUGAGAAGAAAAUUCCAAACGUCAAGACCGGUUUGGUUUCAGGACGUGCAGCUCUAUUUGAAUCUCAAGUACAAAGCCACCAGCAGCAGCAACAAAAGCCUCAAAAAGACCCGACAGAGCUUUCAUUGAAAGAACGCAUGAAAUUAUUUGAAAAAAAUAAAGGUGAGGCUCUAGUACCAAAGGCAGCUUUUGGUAUGGCACCAGCAAUAAGUAAAAUUAUCCAAGACACCAAUCACAAAAAGGAUGAACAAAGAAAAGCAAAGCCAAAUGUACCGUCAAAAUCGCAAGCGGUUUAUAAUUCCAAUGCUACUUCAUGUUCAGCGACCGUUGUAAAACCUUUUGCCGAUAGCAAAGUACGUGACAAAGUGACUGCAUUAGUCAAUGCUAGUACAGGAAGUACAAUCAAAGAUGACAUUAGAAAACAACGCGAAGAAGAUCUACAGUUGCUGGCCAAUCGCUUUAACAGACAAAAAGACUUGAUCAACCAACAGCAGAAGCAGUUGCCUACGAUUUCAAGCAAAAAUAUGCCAACUCCUCCACCCCCUCCUCCACCAAUGUCUGUAAAUACAUCAAAAAGAAGAUCUCCUGGCGAUGUAAUCGACGAAGACAAUAAACGUCCACGAAAGUCCCAUCAAGGAACUCAACAGCGCUUGUAUCCAGUCUUGCCGAGCUUUGAAUCGAAUGAGUCCAGUGAGUCUGACAAUGAAAAUAAUUGCUGUACCACAGCAUCAGUUUCAGCUUUAAGUACAUCAGAUGAAAUGAAGUCCGCAGCUCAACCUUUACGCGAUCACAAUCAACAUGAUCAAGGAUCGGACGAUGAAAACGAAGACAGUUAUAUGGAAUCAGAAGCCGAGGACAGCAGUGUUGGUUUAUGCAAUGGUAGUUUGGGACGUGAAAUAAUGCAAGUUGUUGAAAAGAAUGAUCAACAAGUGACCAACAAUGUAAAGGAAGUUCGUUACGCCGAAAAGGACCAUUAUUUUGGAGAUAAUACACAAGACACAUCUAUCAAUUCAUCUGAUGCUUCAAUGGGUGUAGAUGAUUAUUUGGAUGAGGCAUUGGAUGAUAAUGUAGAGGAGGGGGAUGAAGAAGACAGCAGCCAUUUGUCUAGAGAUAGUAAAGGAACUACCGCCUCGAACAGUUUUAGUUUUCGAAAGGUGUCUACCGAAACAGAUUACAAUAAAAUACAGGACACAGCAGCUACAUCUACAACAAACAAUGCAAUCUACAUGCAACCCGUCAAAUCAGAGUUGAGUGUGAAUAAAGAAAAUGACAAUGUAGUAACACUCGUACAUACUGUAAGUUUUUAUCGCAGACAACAAAGUGCAAAUAGCGCAAAUUCUACUCCCGUACGGAAAAUAUGUCGCGAACAACAAGUUUUACGUUCAGCAAUGGAAAAACUGGACGCCAAAGCAGCUGCAGGAACUUCACUGCAUUUUGAGCCAGACGUUGAAGAGACCGAUGAGGAUACUCAAUCCGAUUCGGAAUUAGAUGAUGCAAAUUUGGUUCAAGAUAAAAUCAAAAAGUUAUUGGAGGAAGUGUGUAAACAGCAACAGGUUAUUGCUCAAACCAGUCAAGCCUUGAAUUUAUGUGCGGCUACCAUCGAAUUUUCUGGAUCUACGGAGUCGGUGGAGGGAGAGAGACAUCUCCUAGUAGCGACUCAUCGCAGACAAGCCUGCCUGGAUGAAGUUCAGCGUCUACGCGUUGAAAAAACUCUUCGUCCUGUGGGGGCGCCCCGUGAAAAAGGCCGUUUGACAAUUAAAGAAAUUACUAUACCUUUGAGACAAGAUUAUAUACGCAAACUAUCGUUGGACACAAUAUCCGGUCACCAUUUGGUAUGUCUCAUCAAGUACAAUGAGCAUGUUUUAGCCACAAAAACCGUUCCAACUUUACCCGGUCUACUGGCUGUCAAGUUUCCUGAUGUUUUGCAAUUGAAUAAUGUGUAUGCAGACUUCAAAGUUACAUUGGAAAUUUAUGGUAUGACUGCGCAAAGAGAAGUGUUGCCGCAUGAAGUCAAGUAUCACAUAAAUUUCAAUAAAAAGUCUGGCAUAAAGACGCCCAAAAAGAAAGCGUCCGAUAAUCGCCUGGUUAUGCCCCCCGUGCAAAGUCCUGCUGGUCCUCAUGCUGUUCGUACACCAGCAUUGGUGCAAUAUGGUUUUGCUAUAUUCUCUCUACGGGAGAUUCAGCGAACUUCGUGGACUUUGACACAAGUUUUAGGCGUUAGUCCUCUGGAAGGUGUAGUCCAUAUGAAAGUGAACUGUGAACUUUCGGUGUCAGUGGAGUACAAAGGAUUUCUAACAAUGUUUGAAGACAUAUCCGGUUUCGGAGCUUGGCAUAGACGAUGGUGCCAUUUAAACGGCACCAUGCUCAACUACUGGAAAUAUCCUGAUGAUGAAAAGAAAAAGGCCCCCAUGGGCUCAAUUGAUUUGUAUACGUGUACCUCACAAAAAGUCACUAUUGCCCCCAGAGAUAUUUGUGCACGACUAAACACAAUGCUGCUCGAAUGCCAAAGGCCGGCUAAAGAUACAGAUCAGGAAUCCUUAAUCAUUGUACCGAAUGGUCGUACGACAACUGUGCGUUACUUGCUGUCAGCCGAUACAAAAGAAGAACGUGAAGAGUGGUGUGCAUAUUUCAAUAAAACCUUAACAUUGUUACGUGCAUGGGGUCCUCCGCAAUAAAAUAUAUUCACAGUUAUUUAUUUAUCAUUCCGAUUAUUGAUGUUGAAUCAUUUUUGACAUUUUCGGUAUCGUUUAAUAUUUAUGUAUGUAUGUAUGUUUCUUUGUAUUUUUCUGUAUUGAACAAUUAAUUCAUUCAAUGAUAUUUUAAAUAUCAUAAUCGAUAUAUAAUUCUUCUAACUUGUUUUACAUUAAGUUAACUUUACAAGUUUACAUUUUUAAUGCUGCGUUCGUCAACAUUCAUAAUAAAAGCAACAAAAUAAAAUUAUUAAAAAAAAAACAAA